ACUUGAAUGGGGAGCUUCGACGUUAUGCGAGCACAGCACAGACAGUAGCCUAUAUAGCCUACUUACUUCCGGAUACUUCGCAGUUUAGGUAGGCUGAGGGUGUGCUUUCCUGUCUUGUAUAUACAUGUCUACGGGGCGCUGAGGUUUCAAUUGCUGCGAGGUGUGUUGGACAGGGACAAUGGCAUCGGUGAGAGAGAAACUGCUGCACGUUGCUCAGCCUGGCGCGGUGGGAGUGCCCAGGUCAAAAGUUACGGUCGUCGGGGUGGGGCAGGUGGGGAUGGCUUGCGCUUUCAGCAUCCUGCAGUCGGGCGUCGCCGAUGAUGUCACCUUAAUUGACGUAAUGGUGGACAAGCUGCAGGGGGAGGUGAUGGACCUGCAGCACGGCAGUCUCUUCCUGAAGACCGCGAAGAUCAGAGCGGCUAAAGACUACUCGGAGACGGCCGACUCCAAGCUGUGCAUCAUCACCGCGGGGGUGCGCCAGAGGGAGGGCGAGAGCCGCCUGGCCCUGGUGCAGAGGAACGUGGAGGUGUUCAAGCAGAUCGUCCCCCCGCUGGCCCAGCACAGCCCCAACGCCAUCCUGCUCGUGGUCUCGAACCCGGUGGACAUCCUGACCUAUGUGGCCUGGAAGCUGAGCGGUUUCCCUCAGGAGCGAGUCCUGGGCAGCGGGACUAACCUGGACUCGGCCCGGUUCCGCUUCCUGAUGGGGGAGCGGCUGGGGAUCCACCCCAGCAGCGUGCACGGCUACAUCAUCGGAGAGCACGGCGACUCCAGCGUGCCGGUGUGGAGCGGGGCCAACGUGGCGGGAGUCAGCCUGCUGUCCCUCAACCCCGAGCUGGAGACCAAACAGGACGCCGAGGGCUGGUCCAAGGUGCACCAGGACGUGGUGAACAGUGCUUACGAUGUCAUCCGACUGAAGGGGUAUACCUCCUGGGCCAUCGGACUGAGCGUGGGCGGCCUCACGCAGUCCAUCCUUAAGAACCUCAGGAGCGUCCACCCCGUCUCCACCCUCGUCAAGGGCAUGCACGGCAUAGGUGAGGAGGUGUUCCUGAGCCUCCCGUGCGUGCUGGGCUGGUCUGGGGUGUGUGGGGUGCUCCAGCAGCCCCUGAAGCAGCAGGAGGCCCAGAAGCUGAUGCAGAGCUCCCAGACCCUGUGGGGCAUCCAGAAAGAGCUGAAGCUCUAAAGCACCACCUGGGCACCAGGGGGCAGUAUCAUUAACGCGGUGACCUGAAAAAGCCAUGCAACAACAGACACAACUACACUGAGAAUGACAGUGCAGCUCCGUUUAAAAAAAAUAAGAAAAAAAGAUUACUAGGCCGUGUCCGAAACAGCUCACUUGCCUACUACUGAGUAUACAGGUUGCAUACAAGCUGUAUACAACUUGUAUGCUCAGUAGCAGGCAAGUAAGCCGUUUCGAACACAACCUUGGGCAACAAGGAUAGGACUGAAACAGGAAGUGCCAUUCUGUCAACACACUGGUUGCGACACUACUUUUCAUUCGUUUUUCAUUAGAAGAAACUCCAGAUGAGCUAGGUUUGGCCAAAAUAACUAGGCUCUCAAAAGUGAGGUUUUCAGGUUUGCCUAUGUUGCUAGCAACACCACACAAUUCAAAGCAGCACUCAUUGGCUGUAUUCAUCCUACAUGAAGCAUGUUGAGUAUUGACUUGUAAACAGUGCAUGCAUAAACACAUUAACAUGCUGGGUCAGAUAUUCAACUGCGCCAAAAUAUUGCAAGCUAAUGUUUCUAAGCCCAGUUUUUGGCAUUUGAUAAAAUACAAAUAAAGGUUGAAGAAGAAGAAAAAAUGUAAUCAGAACUAUGUAGAUAGGCAUUGGACUCCAGUGAGCUGCCAUGCCAUAGUACAAUUGUAUCUGUUGUUACCAUGUGGCAUAUUAAUGUACUGUCAUAAGAUAUUAACAUACUGAGACAUGUAUGCACAUAUUAACUGUGUGUUAAUAUGGUGCCAUUCUACCUUAAGCUUUGCACGCCCUGUGUUAACAGGCCUAAACAGACUAAAAUAGUGAGUAGUGAUGCAGAAUAAAAAUGUUGGCAGUAAAUAAAAACCAUACCUUAACAUUCUUUUUAUAGUCCUUUUGCGAUCAAAUUUUACUGUGUUCAUUUGAAUAAAAUGUUACUGUCAAUA